AUGGAGGAGUCGAGUGGAUCGACAGGUCUGGCUAAAUCAGCCGCGCUCAAACUCUCAGAGAUGGGAGAGAAGACCAAGCAACUGGGCGACGCGAUGCACGACCCGGAGCGCCAGCGGCGCAUCAUUUUGGUGAUCGUGUGCGUGGCGCUGCUGCUGGACAACAUGCUGUACAUGGUGAUCGUCCCCAUUAUCCCAGACUAUCUGGCCGAUCUGGAGAGCGUCCAGGCGUCUCACGACAACACGUCCUCCGCGGAGAACCUGGACGUCAAGAUCGGGGUUUUUUUCGCGUCCAAGGCCAUCGUGCAACUUUUGGUGAACCCGUUAUCGGGCACCUUUAUAGACCGGGUGGGUUAUGAUUACCCGUUGUUGAUUGGACUGCUGGUGAUGUUUUUUUCCACCACCGUGUUUGCGUUUGCAGAAAGCUACACCACCUUGUUUUUCGCGCGUAGCUUGCAGGGGUUGGGUUCGGCGUUUGCGGAUACCUCGGGGAUCGCCAUGAUUGCUGACAAGUAUACAGAGGAAUCUGAGAGAAGCAAGGCUCUGGGAAUUGCCCUGGCAUUUAUUUCAUUCGGAAGCUUAGUGGCGCCCCCUUUCGGCGGGGUGCUUUACGAAUUUGCAGGAAAGCGGGUACCAUUCAUUGUGCUAGCAUGCGUGUGCGCGGUCGACGGAUUACUGCUGCUCACUGUUAUCAAACCCUUCUCAGACCGGACACGUGAGAACAUGCCCGUCGGUACGCCCAUUUACAAACUAAUGGUGGACCCGUAUAUCGCCGUGGUGGCGGGCGCGCUUACGGUAUGCAACAUUCCUUUAGCCUUCCUCGAGCCCACCAUAGCCAACUGGAUGGAGACCACAAUGCAUUCCACAAAGUGGGAAAUGGGUUUGACGUGGCUGCCAUCGUUCUUCCCGCAUGUCCUCGGCGUGUACAUAACGGUCAAGCUGGCUGCCAAGUACCCACACUUACAGUGGUUCUACGGCGCACUGGGCAUGGUCAUCAUCGGCGCCAGUUCAUGCACCGUGCCCGCCUGUAAGAACUUCGGACAGCUCAUGGUGCCACUAUGCGGGAUCUGCUUCGGGAUCGCCCUGGUCGACACAGCCCUCCUGCCCACGCUCGCGUUCCUGGUCGACGUCCGCCACGUCUCCGUAUACGGCAGCGUGUACGCCAUCGCAGACAUCUCGUACUCCAUGGCCUACGCCAUGGGACCCAUCGUGGCAGGGCAGAUCGUGCACAACCUGGGGUUCGUCCAGCUCAACCUGGGCAUGGGCCUGGUCAAUGUACUUUACGCACCCGCACUGCUCUUGUUGCGCUACGUGUGCCAGGUAAGACCUUCCAACUCGGAGAGGAACGUCCUUCUGGAGGAGGGACCCACCGGGCUCUACGACACCAUCAAGAUGGAGGAACGCAAGCUGAAGAGGAAAGGACUCUGCACCACCAACACCAACAUUAAUCCCACCACCAAUUCACUGCCUUUUGAGGAUGGGUUUCACUCAAGGUCCCCCUCCGAGGAGGAGUCAUCCGGACCAGAGUACACCUAA